AUGGACGGUCCGCCGCCUCCACCGCCGCCUCAUGGUGAAAAGCCCCGAACAACUGAAGGCGAAUAUCGCAAAUCUUCGGAUCUUCCGGACGGCAACUACGACAUCUUCAUCGUCCCACCUCACUCCGCCGGCGCAGGCUUCCUCUACCUUCCAUCUUUACAAUGCAACCGGAACAGCUUCCUGGCAGGCGUUGCAAGUACGCUUUUGGCCUGUGUGGUUUGGUCAUAUAUCUCCCCGAUCCUGAAGGCAUGGUAUCUAGCCACUGUCGCUAGCGGCAAUGGUACUGGGAUGACAGUGCUUGCGGUUGGGGUAGGUGUGGCCGGAUGGCUUGUUGGCGCUGCCCAGUCCAACUCAGGAGAUAAUAAAGGCAACGGCAGCGCUCGAGGUGGAUGGUUUGGAUUUGGGGGGUUUGGUGGUAGUUCUGGGGGCCCAGGUGGCUCGAGGAACGAAUCAAACACCAACCAACAAUCUUCCGGUGCCAACCAUGGCGGCAACGGUGCGGGUCAGCAAAGACAACACCAGGGAGGAAACUCUAAUGGAGGUCAAAGCCAUGGCAACCAAUAUUCCGGUAAUCAAUAUAGCUCUGGUCCACCUCCAAACUCUGAUGAUAACCAACGUGAAAAGGAGGAGGCUGAGAAGCGUGCCAAAGAAGAGCGCGCUCGCGAAGAACGUGAGAAAGAAGAGCGUGCUAAAGAAGAACGUGCCAGGCAAGAACGUGCCCGGGAGGAGCGUGCUCGAGAAGAGCGAGCCAGAGAACGGGCUAGAGAGGAAGCCGAGCGAGAGCGAGCAAGAGAAGAAGCGAAGCGCAAAGAGGAGCUGCGCCGGAAGAUGGAGGAGUUCAAGCGCAAGCGGGACGCAGAAGCCAAAGAGAAAGAGAGAAAGCGCGAGCGCGAAGCAAUGGAGAAAGAACUGAAAGAACGCCGUGAGCAACUGGAAAAGGAGAUUGCCGCAGCAAGAGCUGCCGCAGAGAAAGAGGCGCGUGAAAAACUAGAGAAAGAAGUCGCCGAGGCCCGCGAGAAGCAAGCAAAGGCCGAGGCUGAAGCGAAGGCCAGACUUGAAAAGAUAGAAGCGGAAGCCAGAGAGCGAGCUGCCAAAGAAGCCGCGGAGAAAGAAGCCGCAGCGAAGGCUGCCGCCCAGAAAGAGGCCAUGGCCAAAUUUGCGGCGCUCAAGGAAGCGGCAAGCAAGAAAUACGCCGAGAAGAAGGCUCAGGAGGCGAAGGAGGCCGCUGCCAAAUCGUCGCCCCCCAAGCCAGCUAGUACUAGCAGCAUGCCUCGCACGCCUUCUCCCAAGAAGCCACCACCUCCCUACCCCACCGCCAAAACCGCCAAUGACGACGAUGCAUAUUCCUUUCGUCCCUACGACCGCCCCCGGCGGCCAUACGCGGCUGGAACCUCAGUAUACUCCGAGUCGUCAUACGCGCCUUCUCACUCGACUGCGCACACAACACCUCCCCCAUCACAUCGCAGUUCAUAUACCACCAAGGAUCCGGACAAGAUCGUGAUCCAAGGAGUCUACACCUUCAACAACGCCUUCAUGAAAACCCCAAUAUCGCAGCUUGUCUCGGGUCAAGGCAUGAUUUCCGACGGGCUAGUGCUGCGCAUCACAACCGAAGGUCUCUUCAUCGAUGAUGACGUGCGUGGUAUCGGCCAGCGCGAAUGGGACGUCAAAGCAUGGACGCUCAAACUGGCAGAAGUGUGGUGCUCCCAGGUGAACGCCACUACCUCCGCCAAAACCCCUUCCAGCAAUCCUUUCUCCUUCCGUCGUGGGAACAACGUCCCCACCAACGAGGAAUCAGAAGCCUUCCUCAAUAAUCUGCUCAAAGUCUGCAAGAAUACGUGCCGUCUGGCGUCGCCGAGGGAUGCAUUUGCGCGCAGCGCCACUGCCAGCCGGGACGGUGGUCCUGUUCACGCACCUGGGGCAGAGACUCGUGGUUUGCACGUUCUUCGUGCCAGUGUUCGUGACCAAGAGGGCAAAAAGUAUGUCUUCGUCAUGCAGGAGUCCGAGGCAUGGAAGGUCGCUAUCGGUCUCCAGCGGCUUCGGGCUGGUGCUCUCGUCCGCUCAAUGGGUGUCACCGGCCUACCGGCCCCUGAUUGCAAACUGAUGCUCGGAUCUUUGGGCUAUGUUUGA